AUGUUUGGACGAGCGCACUCCAUGUGGAUAAGAUACGAUAAGCCGAGUGCUCCAAAGCCCAAGCGAGCUCCUGGUAUCCCAUUAGCAAACAUGUCGAUCGAAGAAAUCAACGCCCGAAAAAGAGAGCAGAACAGAGCUGCUGCGCAACGCUAUCGCGAGAAGAAAAGAAACUGUAAAGAGACGGAGAAAGAAGAGAGAAUCAUGCUGGAGGAGGAACGACUUGAGAAGCGCAACUCUUUCCUACGCGCAGAAGCUGUACGUCUUCAGGACGAGAUAGAUGAGCUUAGGAAGGCGAUCCUUGGAGGAGUUGCAGUGCGAUAG